UCGUACGCUCCACAAACCCUCAUACUUUAACACUAAAAUCGAAGGUUAAGGCUCGUGAAUCUCGUAAAAAGGAAAGUAGAAAACGUGAUCUACAAACAAAGGGUUACGCAUUUAUCCGAAUAAAAUCUCAAUCUGUCAAAUUCGGGAUUUCAUCAAUUUGGAGACUUUUGCUCUUUAGAGGUUUGAAGCAGUGGCUCGAAGCACUCUCGACUCUCUCCCGUCCUUCCGUCAACUUCUUCCCUCCUUUCGACGAUGUCUCGAAGGUAUGACAGCCGUACAACGAUCUUCUCCCCAGAAGGUCGUCUCUACCAAGUUGAAUAUGCAAUGGAAGCAAUUGGGAAUGCUGGGACUGCUAUUGGAAUACUAUCCAAAGAUGGGGUUGUUCUAGUUGGGGAAAAGAAAGUCACUUCCAAGCUUCUCCAGACCUCAACAUCCACUGAGAAAAUGUACAAGAUUGAUGACCACGUUGCGUGUGCUGUGGCUGGAAUCAUGUCUGACGCAAACAUCCUAAUCAACACAGCUAGGGUCCAGGCCCAGCGAUAUACUUUUUCUUACCAGGAGCCUAUGCCAGUUGAACAGCUAGUUCAGUCUCUAUGUGACACCAAACAAGGAUACACUCAGUUUGGCGGGCUUCGUCCGUUUGGUGUUUCAUUUCUAUUUGCCGGUUGGGAUAAGAACUACGGUUUCCAGCUUUACACGAGUGACCCAAGUGGAAACUAUGGUGGUUGGAAAGCUGCAGCAAUUGGUGCAAACAACCAGGCAGCUCAGUCAAUGCUCAAGCAGGAUUACAAGGAUGAAAUCACAAGGGAAGAGGCAGUACAGCUGGCACUCAAGGUGCUAAGCAAGACUAUGGACAGCACUAGUCUUACUUCUGAUAAGCUUGAACUAGCUGAGGUUUUCGUCUCUUCUGGGAAAGUUAAGUACCAGGUGAGCACUUCAGAUUCCCUUAGCAAGUUGUUAGUGAAGUUUGGGUUGACCCAACCAGCUGCCGAGGCAUCUUAAAUUACUUUCUUGAUUCAGACCUAGGUUUACAGACUCGUCUGACCUAGGUUUAUGGGCUCCUCUGAUUGUAUGGCUCAUGAAUUAUGAUUUCACGAAACAGAUGCGGGAUAAUUGGUGUUGGAAUCAAUAUGCUUGUUUUUGUUCAUGUCUUGAACCUCUGUUGGUCUACUUUUAAAUAUUUGACAUCUUCAUCAAA